AUGUCCAACCCGUUAUCCAGCAAUGGCGGCAGCUGGCAGCCUCCACCGCUAAUACCAAUACACGCAGCAACACCACCACCACCACGGCCGCCGGUACCAGUGCCAGAUCCUAACCUUGAAGAGCUAGAGUUGAUGAUGAACUGGUAUAAUAUCGAUAUACACCCUUUCUCAACCAACCUCGAAUACAAAGCCGUGUGGCAGAAGGCACUUCAGCAAGAAUCCCUCACCCACCUGUUCCUGAUGCAUGGGAUUCUAGCACUAUCUGCCCUUGAACUUGGGCGCAGGAAAGGGUGCGAUGCCACCAAUGUCAAUCAACGAUCAUACACAGCCAUCGCCCUUGGCCAUUACUUGAGAGCUGUUGCCCUAUCCCAGCCAGUAUUAAAAAACAUCAAUGAGGAGAAUUGCAAAGCCGUGUUUCUACUCCCAACUCUUCUUACCGCCUUUGCAUUCGGGUCUCCACAACAAGCCUGGGAUCUAGGGAAUAGCCGCCACCCUAUUGCUCGGUUUCACCUUGUUCUUCUUCUAGCAAGAGGGAUGGGGCAGGUACAGUCUACCGCGAUAGACAAGAUGAAGGAUGGCAAAUUUGACACCCUUAUUAAACCAGAUAGCUACAGCCCCUGGCUACCUGCUGACGCAAAAGCAGCACUAUGUAACCUUCACCAGCUCAAUGAGAACUGUGAACAAUACAGCAUCUCCGAGAAGAACAUUUACAACACAACAAUCAACCAGGUUGAGAUCAUGCUGGGGCAGAUUCACGUGGCCGCGACAAGGCCCAAUCCAGCAGUUAUGUGGGCAACAGAGGUGCCACCACUGUACUUGGAGCUUAUGAGGGCAUAUAAGCCCAUGGCGCUUGUUGUCCUGGCUCAUUACUGUGUUAUUUUACACCAUCUUAGGGGGAUAUGGUGGGUUGAUGGAUGGAGUGUCCCACUAUUGCGGGCAGUAUGGUUGUUGUUGGGUGAUGAGUGGAGACAAUCGCUUCGAUGGGUGGUAGAGGUGACGGGAUUUGUACCUUAG